AUGCUCUGCCAACAAGUGAAGUUCGAGUUCACAAUGAAGAAGACGUCGACUCUCCUCCUUCUCUACCUAUUCGGAGUUCUUGCUGUCAUGGCACUUUGUGCAUCCACAGUGGUGGCAGCUCCACACAAGUCGGGCAGUCCAAAUGCGAAGAAGGUGCAUGAGGCGGCACAAAAGGCGCAUGAGGAAAUGAUGGCCCAUGAGGAGAUGAUGGGCAAAAGCAUGCAUACUUCGAUGGAAGGGCACUUCAAUAUGCCAAUGCAUACAAAGAAUUUGGACGUGGCAGUGGGGAAGAAGUGCCAUGAGGCGAAGAAGGAGCAUGAAGUGAAUAAGGAACAUGAGGGGAAGAAGGGCCAUGAAGGGAAGAAAGCACACGAGGCGAAGAAGGAACAUGACGCAAAAGGUGAGCAUGAGGAGAUGAUGGGCAAAAGCAUGCAUACUUCGAUGGAAGGGCACUUCAAUAUGCCAAUGCAUACAAAGAAUUUGGACGUGGCAGUGGGGAAGAAGUGCCAUGAGGCGAAGAAGGAGCAUGAAGUGAAUAAGGAACAUGAGGGGAAGAAGGGCCAUGAAGGGAAGAAAGCACACGAGGCGAAGAAGGAACAUGACGCAAAAGGUGUGCAUGAGGAGAUGAUGGGUAAAAGCAUGCAUACUUCGAUGGAAGGGCACUUCAAUAUGCCAAUGCAUACAAAGAAUUUGGACGUGGCAGUGGGGAAGAAGUGCCAUGAGGCGAAGAAGGAGCAUGAAGUGAAUAAGGAACAUGUGGGGAAGAAGGGCCAUGAAGGGAAGAAAGCACACGAGGCGAAGAAGGAACAUGACGUAAAAGGUGAGCAUAAGGAGAUGAUGGGCAAAAGCAUGCAUACUUCGAUUGAAGGGCACUUCAAUAUGCCAAUGCAUACAAAGAAUUUGGACGUGGCAGUGGGGAAGAAGUGCCAUGAGGCGAAGAAGGAGCAUGAAGUGAAUAAGGAACAUGUGGGGAAGAAGGGCCAUGAAGGGAAGAAAGCACACGAGGCGAAGAAGGAACAUGACGCAAAAGGUGAGCAUAAGGAGAUGAUGGGCAAAAGCAUGCAUAAUUCAAUGGAGGAGCACUUCAAUAUGCCAAUGCAUGCAAGGAAAUCGAAUGUGCCAGUGGGGAAGAAAGGCCAUGAGGCGAAGAAGGAACAUGAAGUGAAGAAGGAACAUGAGGCGAAGGGGGAGCAUAAGGAGGAGCAUUGCGAUAAGCCAAUGCACCCAAAGAGACCGGAUGGCCCACAUGCGAAGGAGGCCUAUGAAGCGAGACUUGAAAAGUGCAAGCAGUCACCGAAGGUUGAGCAUUGUAAGAUGCUGGCUCGUUUCUUUGUCUACCACGACUGCAUGGACGCCGAGGAGUCCUGUGCCUUCGACCAUGGCAAAGAUGGCUGCAUGGAGAGAACUCUUGAGUGCAUUGAGAAUGUAGUUGGAACCGACUAG